GCUUUUAACAAAUUGGGAACAACCAUCUCCCGCUCAUCAGUGCUUUGCCGCAGCAUGCUUAAAUUUAUUAAUAGCCUUUUACAUUAUUUGACAUUUGAGGUUCUUGAACCCAAUUGGCAUGUGAUGCACAAUAGACUUCUAACUGCAAAGAGCAUAGAUGAGGUUAUCCAACACCACAAUUGUUUCCUUAAAAAAUGUCUGAAAGAGUGCCUGCUUCUCUUUCCUCAACUUCUCAAGAAGCAUGAGAAGGAAGAAGCUCAGGUGGAGGAGGUGACAGGAUAGAUGGAGGGCAAGGAAGGCAAGCCUCUCGCUACGGCUUCUAGACAAGUUGGAAAGAACCCAAGAAAGAACAACAUCAAGAAAGACAAUGAAGCAGAUACUGUUGUUGAAUCUGUAGCAUCGGUUAGUACUACAGCUGAAACUGGACAUGUUUCUGAGGGGGCAAAACCCAAAGGCAGGGGAGCUCUGAAGAAGGCUCCUACUAGAAAGCAGAAAAUGCCGACUGCCGUUGAUAGUGAAGAGGAAGAUGAUGAGGUGCUCAAGCUGAAAGAACGACUGGCAGCGUAUAACAUUGAUUCUCCUUCAGAUCAAACAGGUAUAUGAUCAUCCAUGUGCAGUAAGCUUUCGGAUCAAAGCGAAGCUGAGAAUAGGGUGUUAGUUGAUUGCAAAUUGAUAACCAGUAGAUGUGCAUCCAUGGAGUUUUUGCUUGCAAUUGUUGAGAAGCUAUUUGGUUGCGAGAAGGCAUUGGAUCUUGCUGUUAAUGAGAGCUUUAAAUAGACAUAUAACUAUUAUGUUGGCAUUGUACUUUUGUGAAUGGAAAUGAAUGAUUGUGUU